AUGGGUGUAUAUUUAUUCGUUGGAAUCCACAUGUUCCCAUACAUACUGUCCAAAACUCGAGUCUUUCACUAUGAGGACGAUGGAGGAGGAAGAAUAAAGCAGAAAAUCAUACAAAAGAUAGGAAAAAAUUGGAAGAACACAAGAAAUAAUUUGUUCCAUAAGUUUUAUGAUAGUAGAAGGACUUUUGAGCAAAAUGCCAACCAUAAACCAUCAGGAAUAGAUGCAAAUCACUGGAAGUGGUUUCUUGAAUAUCGGUUGAAGGAUUCGACAAAGGAGAAGUGCAAAAAAAAUACCGCAAACCGUUCAAAGCAACGUUACACAUAUACUGGAGGUUCUAAAACAUUGGCCAAAAAAAGACACGAAGAAGAGCAACGACAGGGAAGACCUAUUGGUAGAGGAGAAAUAUGGACCAUGUUACAUAAAAAACAGGAUGGCACGUAUAUAAAUGAAGAUGCGCGUGUUGUUGGUGUAAGUCAUGUUGUUUAAUUUUUCAGUUUUCUUGUUGGAUUUACAAUUGUAGAUCUAAAAUUAGUUUAACUCCAAAUAUCACAUGUAUGCAAGAAGCAAUUGAGCAUAUUGAGAGCCAAGACGCCUCCAGCAAGGAGCUUUCACAGAAUGAUUUCCUCGCACAAGUUCUUAGCAAGGAGCA